CUUUCCACUAUCGUCCCAGCGAAUAAAGCCGAUAGCGAUAUCGCACCAGAGGGAAACACUUCACCUACUGCAGAAUUACACGAAGAUGACCCAUUACGCCAAACCCUCGCUACGAUCACGCAGCGGUGGCCGCAAGCACAGCACGUUGCGUUGGAUGGUCUCGACGACAGUGACAAGCGAAAGCUUUUCUCCAGUUUUCUCCCCGCUGACGCCCCAGCAAGCCCGGAAGUGCUUGAUCGGAUUGUGCAGAAGCAGGACGCUGGGGUGGCUCUGUAUUUACGGAUCGUCGCGCAGGUGUGGAGACUAUCAAGUUUCGACAGCGACUUUGGAAGAACUGAGGACUCUUUACCGGGGACCAUAUCCGCAUUAUUUCAUAAGAUUCUCGUCCAACUGGAUGCAGAAGCGAAGGGAAAGUCUGAGAAGGAGACACUGCCCCUAUCACUCGCUCUAGGUGCGGUUUUCGCCACAGAGGGUGGUCUGACGACUCAGCAGCAGGCGAAUUUCAGCGAAGUUGCGGAAAAAACGAUUACAGACACAACAGCUUUACUG